AUGGAGAGGCCUCUGAUAGGAGAAAUUAGCGGUGGAGGAGAUGGAGGUGUUAGAAGAAGAGAUCAGUCUAAGCCCAGGUUUAAUCGACGUUAUGAUGCUAUCACUUAUGGUUCUCGUUUUCAAAAAGCUGCUGCUCUUGUUGAUCUGGCCGAAGAUGGUAUUGGUAUACCAGAGGAAAUUCUUGAUCACGCAAACUUUGAAAGUGCUGCAAAGUUCUACUUCAUCUUUGUUCGGAGUGCUGCAAAAGAGGUUGUCAACCCAGAGGCAAAUGUAUACUCAGCCAUAACUCUCAUCAUACUAGUGGCACAUAUUUUCUUUCCAAUAUCAUAUGAAGGGUUUCGUAUCUACUGGAAAAAUCCUCUCAAUUGGUUAAAGUUCGAUGUGCGCAUUAGGAUAGAAUUGCAUGAUAUUUGUUAUGUGGACUACUAUUUUGUUGAGGAUAUCCAUCUCUGUAAGGCUGCAUCAUUACUGAAUGCCUGUAGAAAUCUUAGGGACUUGCAGAGUAGCAUACUCAUCUUGGCUGGAAUGCUUAAGACAUACGUGAAUGUCUUGAUGUUGCUCAAUGCUAUAUUUCCAUCUUAUGCUCUGGCUCUAGGGCUUUUAUUUCUGCUUUUCUCGAGUUGGUUAGCCUAUGUCAUUUUUGAAGAUACCCAACAGGGGAAAAUGAUUUUCACUUCAUAUGGAACCACAUUGUAUCAGAUGUUGGUUUUAUUCACAACAUCCAACAAUCCAGAUGUAUGGAUACCUGCAUACAAGGCUUCACGUUGGUAUUCCCUAUUUUUCGUUCUCUAUGUUCUAAUAGGAGUGUACUUUGUCACCAACUUGGUUCUUGCUGUCGUAUAUGAUAGCUUCAAAGAUCAGCUUGUAAAACAAGUUUCUGAUAUGGACCGUAUGAGGAAAAGAGUCCUGAUGAAAGCCUUCAAUCUCAUCGAUAAGGAUAAGGCUGGAUACCUUAAUAAGGAGCAAUGCAUUCAUUUAUUUGUAGCACUGAAUAAAUACAGGAGUUUGCCAAAAAUAUCAAAGGAAGAUUUCGAGUUGAUAUUUGAUGAACUGGAUGAUACUCAUGACUUCAAGAUCAACUCGGAUGAAUUUGAGGACCUUUGCAAUGCAAUCGCUCUAAGAUUUCAAAAGGAGGAUGUUCCAUCUUACUUUGAAUACCUUCCAAUCUACCAUUCACCUUUCUCUGAAACGUUGAGAGAAUUCAUACGAAGCCCUAAAUUUGGCUACAUAAUAUCGUUCGUUCUCAUAGUGAAUCUGAUAACUGUCAUCAUUGAGACAACGCUUGAUAUAGAAAACAAUUCUGCCCAAAAAGUGUGGCAAGAUCUGGAAUUCGUCUUUGGGUGGAUCUAUGUUGUGGAAAUGGCUCUAAAAAUCUAUGCAUAUGGAUUUGAGAAUUAUUGGAGGGAAGGUCAAAAUCGCUUUGAUUUUGUCAUCACAUUGGUAAUAGUUAUUGGAGAGACUGUAACUUUUGCAUCUCCUCAUGGGCUGACUUUUCUUUCAAAUGGAGAAUGGAUUCGUUACCUCCUCAUUGCAAGAAUGUUAAGAUUAAUUAGGAUCUUGAUGUAUGUACAAAGUUACCGGGCUUUUGUUACCACAUUCUUAACCCUCAUACCAAGUCUGAUGCCUUAUCUGGGCACAAUAUUUUGCGUCAUGUGUAUAUAUUGCUCUCUUGGUAUUCAGAUCUUUGGUGGGCUUGUGAGUGCUGGGAACCCCAACUUGGAAGGAACAGAUCUUGCUGAAGAGGAUUAUGGGAAAUUGGCAAGUGUGGAUGCAGAACAUUCUAGAUCAGAUGGCUUUUCUUGUGUUAAUAAUGGUAUUGAUCGAUUGGAUUUAUCACCAGCUUGUAUUUGUCACACCCUAAUCUCUUGUACUGUACUAUUUCAGAGUUAUAAGGAUUUGACUGGAACUUAUUGGAGCCUUACAUACUUCAUCAGUUUCUACCUAAUAACAGUUCUAUUGCUUUUGAAUUUGGUUGUGGCUUUUGUCCUGGAGGCAUUCUUUGCUGAAAUGGAACUUGAGGCAUCAGAAAAAUGUGAAGAGAACAAGGAAGGAAGCAACACAAAAUCCCGGCGCCGAUCUGUUGGGUUGUCAAAACCAAACAGGACCUGCUGGUUCAACCAGGUUACACUUGAACCAGUCAAUGCUCCAGUUUGCGUUCUAUCCAAGAGUGGUUUUGCACUUUUGAACCGUACUUAUAAAAAGAAGACUCAGGGGAGGGAAAGGGAGAUGAGAAGCAUGAAAGGAGAAGUGGAGCUCAACAUUCCUGCACAGAAAGCUUGGGAGAUGUACAGAGACAAUGAAAUCAUUAGCAAAAUAAAUCCUGAAAUGCUUGCCCUUGCCGAAUACAUAGAUAUUGUCCCUAACCAUGUAUUUGCUAACUUGAUAUUAAGAUAUCAACCCACCACAUUAAUUUACCAGUCCUUCACUGUGUUUCACGCAUUGGUAAGCAGCUAUGUGAAGGAACCCAUGCAGAAGAUAGAGAAGGUAGAGAUUGGAAGAUCAGUCACAAAUAGCGUUGUUGGGGGUCGCCUUAGGGACAUGUAUGAUCCAUUUAGGGUUACAUUUUCAUUAGUUCCAGUUCAAGGAAAACGAAAAGAGGAGGAGAAAUGUAUUGCUGAAUGGAAGGCUGCUAUGAUCUACUGA